AUGAGUGUGAUCCUGGAUAUGCUGGUUCCUACGAUCGACAUUUUUGACGAGCUCGUGAAAAUGAAGAGCAAUGGGCAACUCCCGUCGAACGACGCACUCGACAAGUACAAGGCUGUAGCGACGAAGUACCUCCAGUACUUGGUGCACUAUCGCAAUCAAGGUCUGAUCACUCGUGUGGUCAAGCACCAAGCGAUGAUGGACGAGUUGCAUCUGAUCAACGAAGACAUCGACAUGCUGUUCAAGAUGCUCAGCCUCGUCAGUACGGCUGCCAUGAUGGAGUGGAAGGAGUGGGAAAGCGACCAGCGUGUGCAAAGGGAAAUGCUCACGUCCUCGGUGAAAAACACCGCGAAACAAUCGGAGCAGAGCAAAGAGAUGUCGCAGGUGAUGAAGUCGGCCAUGACGACGGUGAUUCGAGCCUCUGCUGUGACGGUCGAAAAGCUGCCACCGUGGUUUCUGCCAUCAAGCGAGCUGAAGAUUGACGCGGGACCUUUUGCUCGAGGACCGUUUGGGUCCGUUCACUGUGGUGUGUGGGGACCCGGCACCAAAGUGGUGGUGAAGUGUUUUCCGGUGGAGAAUAUUGUCGCUGAUGAGCGUGCUAAGCAGACAAUUGAAGCAGAAAUGAAUCUGUGGUACCAGUUCAACCACCCCAAUGUCGUCAAGAUGUUUGGAGCCUCGCACGUUAGUUCACCGCCUUUCAUCGUGUGUGAAGAUGCCACUAACGGAGACCUCAGCGCGUUCCUCGGUCAAUCUGAGGACAACAAACGACGAAUGUGGAGACUGUUGUACGAGGCUGCGCUUGGGCUGGAUUACCUUCAUAAGAAGAGUGUUGUGCACGGCGAUCUUAAGCUCAACAACAUUCUUGUGGGAGCAGACGGCCAGGCAAAGCUGUCCGAUUUCGGAAUGAAUGCAGUGAAAUCAUCCUCCGUAGCGAUAUCCAAGACAGAAGGAGCGGAAUCCUACACGUUAGCUGGAUUGCGUUGGCGGGCUCCGGAAUGCCUGACUAAACGACCGACGUUUGCUUCGGACGUGUAUUCGUUCGCCAUGUGCAUCAUUGAAGCGGUACAGGACGAGCUACCUUUCGAAUUUCUUGACGACCCAACUAUUUACGAGAAAGUCAAGAACGGUGUCAUCCCCGACCGUGGAAAAAGUUGA